CACGUCUCUCAAGGGGCUGGCGCGAACGCCACUGCGGAGUUGGGCGAGGGGAUACGGCAAGGGGAGGGGGAAAAAUCACUGGGAACAGCCGCGGAGCAGGGAACGAAUGAAUCACGGACGUUCGCGAAGGGCAGCGAGAGUCCGUAGUCAGGGCGCACUGGGGAUCCCGAGAGUGAAAGCGGGAGGUAGAGGCGGCGGCGGCAGCAGCACAGGCCGAGGGCUUGAAUAGACCGCGGAGGGCGGGGAGUCAGUGAUCAAGAGCGGCGCUGCGGUACGGUAGGCGGGACUAAUGAGUGCGAGGCGGGGAUUGGCGAGCAGCCCUGGGCUGCCGUACGUCGGCGGUGACGCACGCCUCGGGGAGGGUGCGCGCGCGUUCAGCGGCCUCUUUGUGUGGUGCCCAGAUAGGGGAGCGGAGGUAGUGGCGGCGGUAGCGGCGGUCUCGGUUGUCUUCCAGUCUCCUCCGCUCGCCCUCUAACCGGCACCUCUCCCCUUCCCUCCCCCUUCCUCUCUUCCUCUUUCCCUUCCCUCCCCUUCUUCCCUUCCCCGUCGGUGGCCGGCGGGGGCGGCUCCAGCAACGGCUGGGCCCAAGCUGUGAAGAGGCCUUAGCCAACGAUAACGGCGACGGCGAAACCUCGGAGCUCGCAGGGCGGGGGGAAGGCCCGGGCCGUGGAGAUGGAGAAUUCCCAGUUGUGUAAGCUGUUCAUAGGCGGCCUCAACGUGCAGACGAGUGAGUCGGGCCUGCGCGGCCACUUUGAGGCCUUUGGGACCCUGACAGACUGCGUGGUGGUGGUGAACCCCCAGACCAAGCGCUCCCGUUGCUUCGGCUUCGUGACCUACUCCAAUGUGGAGGAGGCCGAUGCCGCCAUGGCUGCCUCGCCCCAUGCCGUGGACGGCAACACGGUGGAGCUGAAGCGGGCGGUGUCCCGGGAGGAUUCGGCGCGGCCCGGUGCUCACGCCAAGGUGAAGAAGCUCUUUGUCGGGGGCCUUAAGGGAGACGUGGCCGAGGGCGACCUGAUCGAGCACUUCUCGCAGUUUGGCACCGUGGAAAAGGCCGAGAUUAUUGCCGACAAGCAGUCGGGCAAGAAGCGGGGCUUCGGCUUCGUCUAUUUUCAGAAUCACGACGCGGCAGAUAAGGCCGCGGUGGUGAAGUUCCAUCCGAUCCAGGGCCAUCGCGUGGAGGUGAAAAAGGCUGUCCCCAAGGAGGAUAUCCACUCCGGUGGGGGCGGAGGCGGCUCGCGGUCCUCGCGGGGCGGCCGUGGCGGCCGGGGUCGCGGCGGCGGUCGUGACCAGAACGGCCUGUCUAAGGGCGGUGGCGGCGGUUACAACAGCUACGGGGGUUACGGCGGCGGCGGCGGCUACAACGCCUACGGAGGCGGCGGCGGCGGCUCGUCCUACGGUGGAAGCGACUACGGUAACGGCUUCGGCGGCUUCGGCAGCUACAGCCAGCACCAGUCCUCCUAUGGGCCCAUGAAGAGCGGCGGCGGCGGCGGCGGAGGCAGCAGCUGGGGCGGUCGCAGUAACAGUGGACCUUACAGAGGCGGCUAUGGCGGUGGGGGUGGCUAUGGAGGCAGCUCCUUCUAAAAAAUUUUAAACGUGUGGGAGUGGAUAUGGGGGUAGCUCUUUCAACCACCCAAGUAGGGUCAACUCCUAAGUUCCUUCCCCUCCCAGCACCUUCCUUAUUUUGCCCUUGGUGGGGAGCCACUCGUAUGGCUGCUUACCCGUGGGGGUGUUGCCCUAUUUGCCUGCCACCUCUCGUCUCUCCCUUUGAAGAUGGACUUGGCCCCACAUACACAUUUUUGUGUUACAGUCAUUGAUGGACUCUAUUUUUUUAUUAUUACUUGGACCUUGGUCGUUUUUAUACUAGCAAAAUGUCUUGUUUUAAUUUGUGUUUUUUUGGGGGGGAGGGAGUGAACUUGCUGAUUCUGUAGCAAAACCUGGGCGGGGGUUGGGGGGGUAGUUUACUUUGUUGUAAGGACUUGAUACCUGGCUACAGCGUUUUCUAUGAAAUCUACUUGGAUCCCAUGCCCGAAAUUUGGAAGCAUAUGUACAAAAAUCAUUUUUACGUUUUAUUUUUAAUAAAUCAUUGUGUUUGACCGUACAUGUCUAACAUUUUUUUCCUAGGAUCCAUUCCGUACCGUUUUAAGGGAUGUUGAAAAUUUUUCGUGUUAAUUCUUAAUUCUUGAUGUGUACUUAGAGAAACUUUUAAAAGGUCCUGUGGGUUUUUUUUCCUUCCUGUUACACUGCUAGUGACGUGUUGAAUUUUAUCCCUUACAGGCAAAACUUUUGAAGUGGUGGAUGUGGCUUUUUAAAAUCUUUAAAGUUUCUCUGCAUCCAUCUCUUGUACUAAGCGAUUUGCUUAUCAUCUUGACAUGGUUGGUUACUUCUUUCUAUGAGAAUUUACUUCAAAGUAUGUACUGUGUAGUUCUAAAUAGUUUGUGUUAAGCAUGUGUUUUCAUUCAUAUAAACUGUUGAGAAUUUUCAGAUGGCCUAGAUUCAUCCCUUUUACUGGUUUGUCUGUAAUGAAUGGUUACAAAUAAGGGUUCUAUUUUACCCUCAACUAAAUGCAUUUUUGUAUUUUCAGAGCAGGUUUAAAUGUUUUUUUUUUUCCUAUAGCUGAAAUGUCCUCAUGGAAAUCCUUCCCCCAACCUUUGUAGCACCAUCUACUGGCAGAAUGGCAGUAUAUCUGCAAAACAAUUUGUUUAAAAACUUGUUUAACAAGGACAGUUGCAUCAGAUUUAGAAGUUUUGCCAUCGAAGAUCUGUGCAGACUUUGGUUAUGUAUUUACUUGUAACUAAGAUGGGCUUUCCAGGAAUGUAGUUAUCAGUCCAUAUCACAAUUGCCCUUUCUACAUGAGAUUUGAAAAUGUAAACUGCUAUGCAUAGCUUGGGCAGUGGCCCCAAAUUGCUAUGACAACUAAUGAACCAGCUAUGUGUACUGGUAUCUUACUUAGGUGCAAGUUGUAAAGCAAAACAUCUGUGUAUUCUGCUUGGUUAACAAAUGUAUAUUUGUAGCCCUUUCAUGCAAUAGAAUUCAAGUUGUUGUUUAUAAAAAGCAAAACAAAACAAUGAUAUAGGAGAAAAUUGCCUUCCUGGAUAGAAAUAUAGAAUAGCAACGUUUAUGGAUAUCGCAAAUAAAGAAUUCAUUUCUUUACA